UCAAGCUUAAUUAUCCUAACCCUUGCUUAUCCAGUUAACAAUGGCUACAACAGUACUAGCUACAAGAAACCUUCCUUCUUAUAGGGUGUACUGUAGGUCUGCCCCUCAGUACAAUCUGGCCGUUGGUGAAGGCGUGGCCAUUCUUGCCAAAAUUGAUGCAAAUGAUGACCGUCAGCAUUGGUAUAAAGAUGAUACGUACAGCAAUGUGUUGGACAAAUUAGGCUAUCCUUUAUUUUCUCUGGUUAAUAAAGCAACUGGGCAAACCCUAAAACAUUCCUUCAGUCAUCCUCUUCCUGUGAAAUUGGUUGAUUACACUCCAAAUGUCUUCGACGAGUCUAUCCUCUGGUCGCUAGCUAACGAUCGUGGUGAAAAUUACAGGGCCAUAAGAAGUUCUCAGUGUGAAUCACAUUUGGAAGCUGCUCCUUUGAAUAUUGAUAAAUUUUAUCUUGGUGCUAUAAUUGUGGGCGGGCCCUGGAUUGAUACGUAUGACCAACAAUGGAAAAUUGAGCCAUUCUAUUGAAUACUUGUGACGGUGUUGCCUUCUCUAGGAGCUGUCAUGUAUUUGUGCUUGGUGAUGCAUGGCUUUCUAAGGAUGCAUGCCACUCUCUCUUUGUGUGUUUUCCGUUUCUACUAUGUAUUAAAAGCUUGAUAUGGCUGUCAUCACUUGAGAUUAUGUUGCCUUUGUAAAUAUU